UUUUACUCGCUAGCUUCUUUUUUGCUACAUAUAUCCAGUGAAGGCCAGAAUCGAAAUAUCUUUGAACGCGCAGUGAUGUCUAGGCUCGAUGAAUCCAAUUGUCACUUCACGUUCUACGCGUUUUCAGGCUAUGGAUUUUUUAAAAUAUCGACCUGGUAUACCGUUUAUCUAUUACCUAAGCGUCUAUCUAACAAGUGGACUCACCACUCAAGACCCUAACAUACAACGUCAUAUGUUUCAUCGAUACUAUUAAAGUGUAGGCGACCAAGGCUUUAUCAUUAUUAUAUCUGUAUCGCAAUUAAAACAGCCUUUUCAACGGGAUCACAUCUGACGAUUCUAUGUAGUGUGAGAACUUUGUUGGAGUUCAACUGUCGUCGGCGAAUAAAGGACGAGGCUAUUUUGAAGCAGGCCACAUGCACUGGCAAUAUAAAAGAGGAAAGGAGGAGCAUAGAUACUUGUUUCUCCAUUACGUUGUGGCGUCGUUGGCUAGGAGGAACAGUAUCCUGCAAGUGAACACGAGCUUGCUCGUAUUGUUUUGUAUUCUAUGAAUGGUCGGUCAGCCGCUGUCCUUAUAUAUAUAAAAACGGGCUCGAACCCAUUCAGCUCAACAGAGGUGGCUGAUACGACUGCAUGGUGCUACAUAUACGACGAUAGGCGCUUACGGAUAUUGCUAAGGGCAGUUCUACCUCCAGCAACCGUCAACUAUUAUCGAAGACUGCGUUGAACAUGCGCGAGAUGUCCCCUGAACGAAGCUAAGACCAUGACUGUUAUUGACACAUUCAAAAUCGGAAAAGUUUGCCAAGCACAGAGCUGCAUAACGCCAUCCACGAUACUAGAAAAGUAUUUGACUGCAAAUUUCGAAUCGACAUGGACGCCUACAUAACUACCGGCAACGCUCAUUUUGGGGGACACAGAGCGGACGUACCUCACAGAGGCACUGGUCCUGCUGUGGUGAGAUUUACGUCGAAUCGGAAUUAUAAUAUUAAUGCGCUCGAAAGAUCUAGUCAAGCCCCUCUUGAAGCGCGCAAGCCUUAAACAGCAAAACUUCAACCAAGCCGAUGAAGGUCAGGCGAGACAGUGCACUAUUAUGGCGAUCGUUCCUCAACCGACGGCCGGACACUUCACGUGCCUCACGCCCGCCACGGCCUAUGUUUUCGUGGCCCGCCUCGAACGAUCCCAAAAGGACGCAUUCGAUACAGGAUAGGCUACAGGUGUACCGACAACAGUUAAUAAUUCAAUUCAGGAGGGUUCAGCUGGAUAAAAAUGCAGCCGAUGAAGCAACAAAGGGAAAUCGAUAUCGAGUUCCUAUCAGGAAAAACAGCCUUAGACCUGCGCACCUUCCGGGUCCCUCCGCCUUAUGCAAACUCCCGGAAGUAAAAGUGUUCCGGCGCGGAGACGAACCAUUCCGUGCUCAAGGCUCUGACCUCUAUUUUCCACUGACGACUCCGCAAGCUUUUAACACCUGUGCCAUAGUUAGCAGCGCUGGAUCUAUACUCAAAUCGCAUCUAGGAAGGGAAAUUGAUGCCCACGACGUGGUCCUUCGAUUUAACAACGCACCAGCCGGAGGAUUUUUUGCUGAAGAUGUCGGAUCUCGGACCACCCACCGAGUCAUCAAUUCACAAGUUGUAACCAAACCUGAAUUCGAGUUUUUUGACUCGCCGCUGUAUCGAAAUAUCACGCUGCUGGUGUGGGAUCCCAGCGGCUAUCAGCAGCAACUCGACAAGUGGGUUGAAAGGCCGGAGCACGACCUAUUUUCAUUGUAUUUUCUGCGGCGCCAAAUAUUGCCUGACGAAGAGCUACUUCUCGUGGAUCCCCGUUCUCUCUGGCAAAUCUGGGAUUUCAUCAAUGACAACUCACCGCUUCCAGUGGUAAAGAAUCCACCCUCAAGCGGACUUAUAGGACUUGCAUACAUGGUCCGACGAUGUAAAUAUGUGAACUUCUAUGAGUACAUUCCGUCAAUACGGCUCACAAAACGAUGCCAUUACUAUGCAGAGCAAGAAGAUCUGGGGUGUACAACUGGGGUUUGGCAUCCGCUGGCAGCAGAGAAAAUGCUCGUACUCAACCUGACAACCAACAAUAACCAUGAUAUUUUUGAGAAAGGCCGAGUUAGCUUCAGUCGAGACACCGUUUGUGUGUCAUAUCAAAAGAAAAAAAAGUAAAGCCAUU